AAUCUCCGUUCACAGGCACAGGCUUCAGUGUUUCUGACCGAAGAAUAAACAGAUGGCUGGGUCUACACUGUCAUCACUGGUUACUGGGUGGAGUACUGUUAUUAAAUCUCUUGGAGGCAAGCACAAAGAAAGAGAGUGAAAGAGUAAAGGCACGGCCAGAGAGGGAGAGCGGGAUAAAUAUAACACAACAACUUAAGAGAGAGACAGGGAGAGAGACUGGAAAGAGAUAUUUAAAGCCCAGACAGAAGAAAGAGGCAAAGACACAGAAAGAAACAGAAUCAGGAAGAGAGCCCUGAUAUGUCAUGUUAGAGAAGUAGUUGAUGCAACCAGAGAUGAAUGAAGCAGCAGCUCUGCUCCCAGUGGUCAAGGCAGGAGACGGGAGGACACUGUCCAGAGCAGAGUUUCUCUCUUUGCUGAACACCUACAACUGCUUCCUAAAUGACCAGACUCAGCUGCACCUCAGUUACUCUAAGGGGGCUGAUGGAGAGGUGGUAGUGGAAGGCUUCCUGAAUAUCUCCUGGGGAGUGCGGACACCCAUCAGGUUGAAAAUACAGGACGACAAACAGAUGCUUCCCUUUGCUCCUCUGAUCUCACUUGACCCCACCAGUCCAGUCAGCCCACUCGGAAACAAGAGGGGUAUGACGCGAUGGGGAGAAUACGUUGACCUUCACCAGAUAGAUGAGAUGUCUGAGACACCACAGACAACAGUAGACAAUCCAUUACCAGGCUCUGCUGUUUAUGAGACCACCACACUUCGUCCGGUGAGGCAGAAGAACCCAGAGCUGGAGGCGGAGUCCAACCUGUUUCGCUGUAUGAGUGACGCCUCAUUGGUCAAGAGGAGGAGGGGUAGGGGAAAGUCACCGGCACAAAGAGAUAAAGAAAGACAACAUCGCUUUUCUAUCAAUGGACACUUCUAUAACUAUAAGACCUCUAUCUUCACUCCAUCCUUUGGUACUCCAACUAAAGUUCGUAUCUCCAGCAGGAUGACCACAAACCAGGUCAUUGAACAGCUACUAAACAAGUUCAAGAUAGAGAACGACCCCCAGGAGUUUGCUCUAUACUGUGUUCACCAGAGUGGAGAAAAGAGGAAGCUCAGUGACAGAGACCAGCCCCUCUGGGAGCGCAUAUUGCAGGGGCCCUCUGAUGAUAUCAUGAAGAUCUUUCUGAUGGACGUAGACGAAGAGGAAGUCAGCAAUGAUGUAGCCCAGUAUCUGAACUUGGAGCUUCCGAUCCUGGAGCAUGUUCUACUGAAACUCAGAGAGGAGGAGAACAGAGAGAUACAGAGGGUCAUUAACAAGUACCACCAGCAGCAUAGACUCCUGUCCCAUAUGCUGAGCUGUAAGAUACCGCCUCACAUUGAGACCAGUGUCUGACCGCUGCUGCGCUGAAUUACUGACACAAGACCUGCCAUUCAUCACAGCACCAAUUUAAGGAUGGAAGAGAAGCCAUGGAGAAGUCGGUAGAUUUUUUUUCUUUUGGAUGUGUAACACAACGGUGAAUAUUUUGGAAAAGACCACAUGACAUGCUGAUAUCCUUAAAAAAAAACAAAAUACAUGGUACCUUUUCAAAGGUUAAGGUUACAAACAGGGUCACCAAUGUAGUUUUUAUUCACUAUAUGAUUUUUUUAAACUGUAAAAUAAUUACAAGAUAAAACUGUAAUAAGCUGCUGUAAAUAAUUGUA